AUGUCAUCACAAGUAUGCCUGCCUUUCUCGCCCGUAAAAAGUAUUGCCAUAAAUGCAAGAAGGGAUUCGAUAAAAUCAGCAGUCAUCCGUGUGGCGAUCUUUGCAAGCUGUGUAACACCCAGAACUGUUUGCAAAGACUGUAACCGCUUCUUUAAUAGCGAAGCGUGCUUCAGUCGCCAUAAAGAUUACGCCGGUCCUGCCAAAUCCCUGUGUCGUGCUUUAAUUAAAUGCAAGAAAUGCAAACGUGUUGUUACUCGUGCCAGUCUUCGUGAUUAUCAUUGUGGCAAAGUCAGAUGUUCCACCUGUCAAAUAUACGUCAAGCCUGAAAACCACCAAUGUUAUCUUCAAUCUGUAAAGGCGAAAAAGAUACGAUCAGCUGUAGAAAGAAAAGAAUUCUUAGAUAAUCAUGUGGCUGUGGAUAAUGACGUGGAAGACACCAAAAACUUGAUGUUAUUCGACUUCGAAUGCACGCCAGACGAUGGUAAGCACAUCCCCAAUCUGUGCGUAGUCCAAAACGAAAGCGGUGACGAGAAAGUCUUUUCUGGCCCAAACACUAAAGACGAGUUCUGCGAGUGGAUGUUUCAACAGGAAAAUGCCAACACAACGUUUGUCGCACAUAAUUUCCAGGCCUACGAUGGGUACUUUAUUCUCCACUAUCUCUACAAGAAUGGUAUCACACCUGAGAUUAUUACACGUGGCGCAAAAAUCCUUUCGUUCACCGUGUCAGAGAUGAACAUUAAAUUCAUCGAUUCCCUCUGCUUUAUCCCAAUGAAACUCGCCGCUUUCCCGAAAAAGUUUGGUCUCACAGAGCUUCAGAAAGGUCACUUCCCUCAUUUCUUUAACCGUGCUGAGAACCAG